CUCCUGCCUGUGGCCCAUCCUUCCCGGCCCCUCUGCCUGGCCCUGAGGGGAAAUGGCCACCAGGGCUGGCCCACUGCGGCUGCUGGGAGGCCGAGAGGGAGGCUGAGGGCCCCGGGGCCAUGGGCGCCCCCACAUCGCUCCCUGGCACCGCCUUGGCCUUGGCCUUGGCCCUCCUGCUGGGUGCCUCCGCCUGGCCCUCGCCCGCCGCCUCAGGAUCCGUGGAAUGUCCAUCUUCCGCUUGGAUUUCAUUUGGAAAGAGCUGUUAUCUUUUGCUUCUGGGACCGUUAGAGACUCACAGUAUUGAUGAUGCCAGGGAGUACUGCAAAGGCAAUGCCUCUGGAGCUGAUAUUAUUAGCAUAAAUAACAAAGAAGAAAAUACCUUUAUCCAAAAUAGUUUCCACACUCAUUGGCAUGGCCCUGAAUAUAUAUCGUUGGGCAUGUUUUUUGACACAGAUGAUGAUACUUUCAAAUGGUAUGAUAAAUCCAAAGUCAAUUUUACAAACUGGAUGAAUGAAGAAAGUAAUGAGGAACUCCUCAACACCUGUGCCACUAUGCACACUACCUCAGGUGGAUGGGAAAAAACAACUUGUGAGGACCUCCCAUUGACUCAGAUCCUCUGUGAAACUGCCAUUCUGUAUGAAAAGGAGUAUUUACUGGAGAAAGCCUGGACAACUACCUUAGUCAUAACUUCAACAAUAGUUGUGGCAGUGUCUGCAGCAUUUCUCUGGUUCCUUUACCAAAGGAGGGUUUCUUAUGGAACAAGAUGUAUUGUACACAAUCCUGCCGUUCAAGUUUCAUCAAACAGUGACGAAGAGGUUCUUAUAGAAGAGGAAAAUGAAUACACUGCUUAACUUCCACUCAUUUAUAAUACAGACCAAGAGCACAUUCUGUGAACAAUAAUGGAAGAACCCACAACAGCUUUAAUCUUCAAGUAUUAAUAAUUCUUGUCAUGGGUUAGAAGGAACCUCUGAUUUUAAAUCCUGAUAGUAAAUCAAAGGCUGCGAAAAAUCUGCUCCGGGUACUACUUGGACAAAGAUGUGACAAGACAUUUUAAAAACAGGUAAAUCAGUCAUUUCAGGCCAUAAAUUGUGGGAAUAUGCAGGAUGUUUUCAAGUUGUGGAUUGUACUUUCAUACAGGAGUCCUAAAUACUUUCCACAACUGAAGGCCCAGUAGCACUAUAUUGAAUACAGUACCACAUGAAUUUACAUUAUAAAUUCUGUAACUUUGUUAAGUGUCGUAUUGAUGAAUAAAGAUUUUGCCUAUUUUAA